AUAUUUCGGCAUAUUUCUUGGACCCCGUUCUCCAUAUUCGUGAUCUAUGAUGCCCCUUUUGGUGAGUUCGCCAUUGCCAUCCGAUUGCGAGCUAGCAUGACAGAUAUAUAGAUGUCCUUGUUGAGGUCCUGGGUUAGGUAAGAGAUUUACAUUCAAUCAUUCCGGGAGUACUUGGCAGAAAGGGAGGAAAUGCGUUAACGAUUGUGUCCCUCAUGCCAGGAAUGGUAGUGCUAGGAAAUCUCAUGUCGAGAAAUACAUCUGCCGGCCUUGGUACUGUAUCCAAUUGAUAAGGUGAAUGGCAUAAUAGCUUGCCAAGAGGUGGUGGCACUUGUGCCACUUUGAAUUUGUCACUGCUACUUCAGCCAGAUUAAGUGAUUAUACGGGCAGAGAGAGGAUGGUAGGUGGGAAGGUAGGUCGGUGACGUUGGCAAAGGUGACACCGUGGGAGGUGCUCGUGGAUAAAUGCGCGGCAGCGUAGGGUAAAAGGGGGAAAUCUCCUCUUCUCUAAUCUGUGGAGGACAAGGUUCCGACACUACAUGGCUUCAUGCUAGUUGACCUAUCAUUGUAGACCACUUGCCUACAAAUAUAUAUAUGACAGUUACAACUCAGGCUCCCACCUGAGGCGUAAUAGUUGAAACACCUCCAUAUCCAGGACUUUUCUGUAUUAGUCUGAAUCUUGUUGUUGAGUUUCCUAACUAGUGCAGCAUCUUCCAGAAUCUAGACACCAUGGCUAUUACUGUUGAGACCUUACGCACGGUUGAGUGGAAUGGGAAGAAGGUUCCAGUCUACCCCAUGCAGAGUUUCGACUUCAGCAAGCUUCUGUCCCAGGAGCCCGACGAACUGGAGAGACUUGUACGCUGCUGCCAGAACGAAGGGUACUUCUAUAUCGACCUGAAGGGGAUUGACGGCCGCCGAUUCCUUGAGGACCAGCAGGAGACUCUGAAGCUCAUGCAUCGCUUCUUCGAGUCUCCUAUUGAGGCUAAGAAUCAGUAUGGUCUCGUCGCGCCACAUCUAGGAUAUGAGCCUAUUGGCUCCCGAACUGGCGUGCUAGAAAACACCAAAGAUGGCUAUGAGAUGAUCAAGGUCUCUCGUGAUGAGAUCCAAAAAGACAGCCCUCAUAUCCCCGACGUUAUCAAGAAUAGCCCGGAUAUGAAAGUACUUGAGAACGCGAUCGCCGGGUCCAACAUCGUUACUAAGGCCAUCCUAUCUGCGCUCUCAACUGGCUGUGGGCUGACAGGCGCUGCGCGCUUCGAGAACACGCACCGCAACGACCGCCCCUCAACCAGCACGCUGGCUAUGAUGCACUACAUCCCGUCAGACCCGCGCAAGGACACCAACAUUGGGCACCAGAAGCACACGGACAUCAGCUCGCUGACACUCCUCUUCAGUGAGGAGUGGGGAAUGCAAGUGCGGCCGCCGGGAGCGCGCGAGUUCGGCUUCGUCGAGCCGCGUCCAGGCACGGCCAUCGUCAACGUUGGCGACUCGCUACGCUUCGCGUCUGGCCACACGAUGCAGUCGUGCAUCCACCGCGUGGUGCCCUACGACUACAGUCAGCACCGCUACUCGAUCGCGUACUUCCUGCGCGCCGAGAACGACACCCUGUUCACGGACUCGGAGGGCCGCAACAUCACAGCUGGCCAGUGGCACGACGAGAAGUUCUUCGCCUUCACCAGCCCGCCUGAGCUCCAGGCUCUCGCUCCGCCGUCGAUGAUCCUUGGCGGCAUGGUCGAGGAGGAUGAGCCGGCCGUUCCCGCUCAGCAGGCUCCCGUUGAGGCUUACUAGAUAAUCAGUUAGGAGGGAGAAAUAUCAAGUAAAUUUCACCGGGAAGACAGAGGCUCUAAAAGCUGUUUCUUCGAGUUGUCACUCACUACACGGACGGACGGACGCAUGCCUACCUGGGUAUUUCUUAAGUACAUGUAGGUACCUAGGUAUUUACCUUAUGAAUACAUGUAUGCAAAUUGAAAUAUACCAUGGGGCGAUCAUCUCUGUACUUAAGCACUUGAGAGUCGUUUAAAUUCGUGUUGUUUUAUAAUGUAAGAUCUGG